UUGUUCGCUGGCAUCUCUGCUUCACCAGAUGAACCGGUGGUUGUAUUAAUAAAUGAAUGUGUUCGCAUGAUUUAGAUUUUUUUGUUCUUCGUUUUCUCUUGAUCUAUUCAAGUUUUUACGCUAGUGGAGAUCAUGGCGGACGUCAAGCUGAGGCUCAUCGCCGCUGCCGUGAUCAUCUUCCAGCUCUUUCUUCUCCUCCUCCUGUGGCUCAUCCUCCACCGCUCCACCGCCUUCUUCCUCACUGGGAGCAUCGACGCCGCUGUGCUCUUCGUGGUCCUCGGCUGGUCCUGCGCCCGUCUGCUCUUCCUGAGCCACCGAGUCAUCGGCGUCGCUGAAGUGACCCUCGUCGUCCUCGCCGCCGUGGCCCUCCUGGCCAUCGUCGCGGUUUCGUGCAUGAACCGCUGUCCGGUGGUCUUCUAUACUACCUCGUCGGUCGACCUCGCUUUGACCCUCGCCCUCGCCUCUUGGGCGGUCUCUGAGGGUGCGAAAGCUGUGAGAAUUCGACGCGAGCGAGAUCUGUUAUCUUCCGAUGAGGAGGAAGGAGAAGAUGUGGCUUUAUUGGAUUCUACCUUUUAUAAAGAAGUCAUCGGUCUACCGCGACGAUUCCGGUACCGCGAGCUCAAGGCCGCCACGCAGGACUUCCGGACUCCUAUCGGCCGAGGUGGCUCUGGCUCGGUCUUCAAGGGGUUCCUUGGGGGCGGCGCCGACAUGCCCGUCGCCGUGAAGCGAAUCGAGGGAGGCGAAGCGCGCGGAGACAAGGAAUUCCGCAGUGAGAUCACCAGCAUCUUGAGCGCGCAGCACGUCAAUCUUGUCACGGUCGUCGGAUACUGCUUUGCCCCAAAGCGCUGCCGCCGUUUUCUCGUCUACAAGUUCUACGAGAAUGGAUCGCUCGAGUCGUGGAUCUUCCCAGGGAGCGGGCGCUGCCUUCCCUGGUCUCGCAGGUACCGAGUCGCCGUCGACGUUGCCAAGGCGCUCGCAUACCUCCACCACGACUGCCGCGUCAGAGUCCUGCACCUCGACGUCAAACCGGAAAACAUCCUCCUCGACGAAGGGUUCCGGGCGCACGUCACCGACUUCGGCAUAUCGAGGCUGAUGGACGCCGACGUGAGCAAGGUGGUGACGACGCUGCGGGGCACUAGUGGGUACUUGGCGCCUGAGUGGUUCGCCGGCGCCGGCAUCUCCGAGAAAUGCGACGUGUACAGCUACGGAAUGGUGCUGCUGGAGCUGGUGGGUGGGAGGCGUAACGCGCGGUUCAGCGAGCACGACGGCGACGCCGAGGGCAGGCGGUGGUCUUACUUCCCCAAGAACGCGAGCGAGAAGGUGCGGGAGGGGAAGGUGAUGGAGGCGGUGGACGAGAGGCUGCGCGCGGGGGAGCAGGUGGAGGAGGAGGAGGUGAGGAGGUUGGUGUACGUAGCCCUGUGGUGCAUACAGGACAAACCGGAGCUAAGGCCGAGCAUGGCGACUGUGGUGGCCAUGCUCCAGGAGUACGUCGCGGUGGUCGAGCCGCCGGAAACGCAAAUGUUCCUGGUGGACCGCACGUUGCCCUCUGAGUCAACAUGGGCUCCUUCAGUUUCCAAUGCAAACUCGACAACGCAGUCUUUCUCGAUCUCAAUUGACCCACCAUAAUUUUUUUUUUUUUAAUAAUCCAGAAGAGGAGCUGCCUUUCCUGUUCGCCCAUUCGAUUCCAAAGCGUUUUCCAUAUGAGCAAACAUUUCCAUAUGAAUUUUGAGCCAUAAUACUAGACUUUGAUAUGUUCUAAAGAUGAAUAAAAUAAUUCUAUUCAACUUGUUUUUCUCUGA